AUGCAAAUCAUCACACAGUCCGGGAGCAAGAUUAGCUACCUCAAGUUGCGAGGGUAUGAAUUUCCAGAAAAGCUGUCUAACGCACGAAGCCUUGAAAGGAACUUCUUGGUACCAUUUAUCUCGGAAACCCUUACUACUUUGGAUGUGUCGCGUAUCUUGGACUUGCCUAUGAGCUUAAUAGCCAAUUCAGCAAACCUGAAGCAUUUGCACCUACAUUAUACCGCACCUGAGUUGUAUCAUGACGGCGUCGAUGAGGACCUCCUCAAGGCUUUCCCAAACAUACAGACACUUGAAAUUCGGCCACCCGAUGCUAUGAUCGGCUUGUUGCUUGGCCAUGACGGCUUUCCAGAAACGCGGUCUGCAACCGUUUAUGCAGUGAUGACCUUCUGCGGCGUCGAUUCUCCUGCUGUAGCGGACAUCACAUCGUUAAAGUCAUUCCGAACAUUCAACACCCCCUAUUAUCUGACUUUGGCUCAAGCCAUCAUCGAUAAAGCAAAGGUGUCUUUGGAAGAAUUUUACCUGUGCGGAGAAUCUGACGAAGAAUUUUGCCAGCUCGUCAACUCGAUCAACCUUUGCGAGCUGUCUAGACUUCAGCGACUGUAUAUGGAUAUCGUUCUGCCCAUCGAUGUCGACGCCAUUCGUGAUCUAUCCUCAGUCUUGUUGACGGUCCCAGAUAACAAUUCACUCCAGCACAUCAGUCUACAGGUAUUCAAUGGGCAAUAUAAUCGUAGAAGCGUCCCGGAAUCCAUAAAUUCUCCAAGCUGGAGUUUACUUGACAGUCAGGUGGCUAUAAUUGCCCAGGAAAGGCCAUUUACAUUUCAUCUCCACAUAUGCCACCAACCAGCGGAAUUCAGUGAUUCCGAGUCUGAUUCGGACGGCUUUGAAAGAUGCACAGUAACUAGAACUCCUUCGUCGCGGAAUGAUGAACCAGAGAGCAUCAUCCGCCUUCGAGCAUGUCGCAGUGAAAGGGAGCACGAAGCUCUUCUUCACAAAAUGUGCAAGUCUGUUUACCGGACACUUCUUUUGGAGAACAUGCCCAAAAUAAUGCAGUCUCCAAAUAUCACUGUAGUCUCAACGUAUAGUAUACGCACGCCUUACCACUAUUGGGCCCCCAGAGAGAGGCAUGUAAAGAAUAUACUUUAA